AUGUUUCAAAGAUAUCAUCUAUCAGGGAAGACGUUUGGAACAACUUCCAGGAGCAAGGGAAGAAGUGGAAAUGAUCGGACGUAUCCUCAAUGUUCCCCCCUCACUGGAGAAAUGGCAACAAAACAUGAAGUUUUAAAACGAAUAUCAUCAGUGGCCUUAGUUCACAUAGCAGCACACGGUAAAAUGGAAACUGGAGAAGUUAUCCUAGCGCCAAACACCACAAGAGAAAACCCUCAGCCGCAUGAGGAAGACUAUCUACUGACGAUGAAAGAUGUCAUAGAAGCUGGGUUGCGAGCUCGUCUGGUUGUACUUAGCUGCUGUCACACUGCUCGUGGGGAAGUCAUGGCAGAGGGUGUGGUGGGCAUGGCGCGUGCACUUUUGGGUGCCGGUGCUAGAUCUGUUGUGGUAACCUUGUGGGCGAUUGGCGACGAGGGAACCCUGGAGUUCAUGAGUUUCUUCUACGAUGCACUUGCCAAAGGCAAGAAGGCAAGUGAAGCUCUCAAUCAGGCCAUGAAGUGUAUGAGAGAAAUUGAAGAGUUCAAGGAGGUGAUUUACUGGGCACCAUUUGUACUCAUUGGUGAUGACGUCAACCUGGAUGUCAAGGAUAUUAGAAGCCGAAACAAGUAA